GCUAAAAGUUCAGGUUGGAUGCAUGAUGUUGACUUUCUUUCCUUUCUUCAGCACUUUGCCAGACACACCCGUGUGAACCUGGACUCGAAGGUGCUGCUCCUCCUUGACAAUCACUGGUCACACCUUUCUGUGGCAGCAAUUGACUUUUGUCGGUCAAACGGCAUAGUCCUCCUAUCUUUCCCGCCCCACUGCUCACAUCGUCUCCAGCCGCUCGACAGGAGUGUGUUCGGUCCAGUGAAGCGAUAUGUUAACACAGCAGCAGAUCACUGGAUGAGAACACAACCUGGAAAAACGUUGACCAUAUACGACAUCCCAAUCCUAGUGACCACAGCUCUGCCACGUGCAGCAACACCCAGCUACAUCACAUCUGGCUUUGUAUGCAUUGGCAUCUGUCCUUUCAACCCAGAUAUUUUUGAGGAGCAAGACUUUUCACCUGCAUAUGUCACUGACCGCCCAGUUCCAUGUGUAGGCCUACCAUGUGCUCCCACACCACAUUCUAACACAAACCCAUACAGCCAGAGCCUAUUUGAGGGAGGACUUCUGCCAGAGUAUCCUGCUGGUUCAACCAGGGACACCUGUUUAGAGUCUGCCAUCCCUGACCACCCAGCUGUCUGUUCAGCUGUCCCUCCUGAAGAAAGGGGAAGAGGUAUGCUUGAGGUAAGUCAUACUAGUCCAUGUCUGUUCAUUCCAGAAGCUGUACGUCCCUUCCCUAAGGCUGGUCCGAGAAAGGACACAAAACGGAGAGGCAAAAGGAGGUCAACGGCGAUCCUCACUGACUCUCCGGUGAGGGCAGCUCUGGAGGAGGAGCAACAGAAGAGGAUCCAGAAGAAGAAGAAGCCCCAGAAGAAGCUGCCUGCUCCAAAGAAAAGGUUCCUCACGGUCGAAAACACUGCACCCACAGUUUCCUCGGACAAGGAUGAGGAAUCUCUUGUGUGUGAGGAAACAUUCAGCUCAUCCUUGCCUGGGGAAGUGUGGGUUCAGUGUCUCUUUUGCCAGCUCUGGUCACAUGAGGCAUGCACUGAGCGUGCAGAACAAUAUAUCAGUCACAACUGUGACAAUGAGUAG